CUUCAGCCCAACAUUAAGUGAGCAGAAAACAAGUCACAAUUACAUUUCAUUCAAACAGAGAUCAGAGAGAAUAGAAGAAUGGCUUGUGUAGCUGUAACUUCUCUUGUGAGGACAAUAGAGGUCGAGCUCUUGCGACUUCGGCCUCGUCCAAUCGUUCAAGAAAAGGGACUCAUCCCUCCCAACAAAGACUUGAUCCAAUCUCUCCGUCGAAAGCUAUCAUCUCUUAUUAAACUAUUCGAUGAGAAUAGGAUGGAUGGUGCCGAAGCAAUUAAAGACUUGGAAACAAAACUCAGAGAUGUGGCUUUCACAAUAGAAGAUGAAAUCGAAUUCCAAAUCGCACAACUUUACCAGGAAGAGGAAGAGGAAGAGGAAAGAACUUCGCCUGCUCUCAAACUUUGUCAUGUAUUGCAACAAGCAAUAGAAGACAUUGAUAGCAUCAAUAAAGAGUUGGAGAAAAUCAAGGAGGACAAGAGUGUUGAAGCCUUGCAAGGAAGGAUGACUACGCUUGAUGUUUUCCCCAGAUCUGAUGAAGUUAUCAUGACCGGUGAUUCCUCACAGCAUGCUUCACACUCCCAGGACAAAAUGGUUGGGAAAAACAAUGAGUUCGAGAGGGUUAAGAAGAUGUUGAUUGAACACUCAUCCAAACAGCGAGAAGUUGUCUCUAUUAAAGGUAUGGGAGGUAUCGGUAAGACAACAUUAGCAAGAAGAGUUUAUGAUGAUCCGGAAAUUGCUUCCAAUUUUGACAAGAAAACAUGGGUUGUUGCAUCGCAAAAUCAUAACAAGAGACAACUGCUCAUAAGUCUUCUGAAAUCAAUUAGUGGCAAAGAAGAAACUGGCCCUGAUGAGGAGAUUGCAUUACAUCUCUACCAAGGCUUGAAGGGUCAAAGGUACAUGGUUGUGAUUGAUGACCUAUGGAGCAACAAGGCAUGGGAUGCUGUCAAAAUUUGUCUUCCUAAUGAUAGUCAGAGUAGUCGAGUAUUGGUGACUACUCGUUUUGCAGAGGUGGCUGCUCAGAUUGGUUCCAAUAGUGACUUUUCUCAUCAAAUGCAAUUUUUAGAUCCAAAUGAAAGUUGGAAUCUAUUCUACGAAAAGGCAUGCAAAUGUCGUGGUGCAGAAUUUGAAGCAAUUGGGAGACCAAUUGUUGAAAAAUGCCAAGGUCUUCCAUUGGCAAUUGUUGUGGUUGCUGGUCUAUUUUCCAAACUCGUCACACUAGAUGAGUGGAAGAAUAUGGCCAAAACUCUAAUAAAUUCAUCUGUAACAACGGUUGAUGAAGAGUGCUCAAGAAUACUCGUUUCAAGUUACAAUCAGUUGCAUUACAACUUGAAAGCUUGUUUCUUAUAUUUGGGCAUUUUUCCGGAAGAUAAAGAGAUCUUUGUUAAAAAUCUUGCAAGGUUAUGGGCUGCAGAAGGAUUUAUAAAGACAUCUAAGAAAAUGAGCUUUGAUCUGGUGGCUACAAUCAAUAUUCAUGAACUCAACGAUAGAAACCUAAUUCUUGUCAGCCAGGUAAGUAGUUGUGGAGGAAAAAUAAAGGCAUUUAGAAUUCAUGACUUAUUGCAUUCCUUUUGUGUACGAGAAGCUCAAAAAGAAAACCUUCUGCAUGUUGUCCAUGAAAAUAGUUCCAAUCUCCCUCAGAAAGGUUUCCGUUGGGUAAGCUUCCAUUCAAAAGAUCCUAACAGCCCAGCUGCCUCAUAUACUUUUCCAAAAACCUGUAGAUCCAUCUUCUCUUUUUCAGGAAAGACACCUUUAGAUUUGAAAGUCUGCAAUCUGUUGAGAGUACUCUAUGGUGCUGAGGGCGAGAUUGCAAAUCUUGUCCAUUUGAGAUACCUAGGUUCAAAACCUUCUGAUUUUGAAUUCUUAGAACCAGCCUGUGCUUGGAAUCUUCAAACACUAUCCACUUCUGAGAAUGAUAAAAGGAACUGUUUAUUGUUUCCACACCUAGAAUAUUGUCGUUGUGGCUCUAUUUCUAGUUGUUUUCCCGAAUUUGUUCAUCAAAGGUUGGAGAACAUUUCUUGGUUGAAGCCUGCACAGUGCACAAGAGAGUUAUUUAAAAAAAUUCCAUACCUAAAGAAGGUAAACAUUAAAAGUGAGGGAAGGGCUUGGAAUGAUUGGUAUUGCGACCUUUCCAAUUUGAAGUAUCUCGAGAGUCUGCAAAUUUGUGAAAGAAAUUCGAUUUUGGCGGGUGCACAUAGGGCUCCAAUUAGAAACCGUAUUUUUCACUUGAAACAACUUAAGAAGUUGACCUUUCAUGGUAUGUACUUCGUGUGGAAGGAAAUUAGUGUUUUCAGCAGCUUGCCUAAGCUUGAGGUGCUAAAGCUUAGAGGAUGUUCUUGCAUCGAUGAAGAGUGGAAACUAUCUGAGGAUGAGAUAUUUAAGCAGUUAGCUUAUUUGGAAAUUCAUACAACUCGGUUCAAGCGUUGGGAAGCCAGAAAUAAUCAUUUUCCAAACCUUCAGCACCUAAUCCUUUCUGGGUGCUACAAAUUGGAAGAGAUCCCAGUUGGGUUUGGGGAAAUUGGAACAUUGGAGUUGAUCAAAAUAAAGUAUUGUCUUCCUUCUGUGGUGGAAUCAGCGAAACAAAUUCUGGAAGAGCAACAUGAUGCAGGAAAUGAUAAUAUGUUUGUCAUUGAAGAAGGCACAUUAAAGCCUGCCCAGUCUAAUGAAGAUGAUGAGUCUGAUGAAGAUGAGUUCGAU